ACUACUUGCUGUGAGCUGCGUAUCCUAAUUGUAGCAUAUGUAUUGAUAGUGACUGGUGUUUACCUUAAUCUUGACCGCAAAAUUCAAGGGAUGCCGCCAAGUGCAUAGUUUUGAGCCAGCAGCGCAGUGAACUACUCGUUCUGUUAACUUUGGUCUACUGGAGUUAGGGACCCCGCCGCCGCCCUCGACGGUUCAACAUGGAUACCUCAUUUAACCCAGCGUUGAUGCAACUGACGCAGCGACUACAUGAGGCGAACCUUGGAGGCGGUGCAGUAGACCCUAAUGUCCUGCUUGGAAAGCCUGGUGACCUCUUGAGCUCGGCCGAGGCUACUACCCAAUAUAGCUCGUCGGAAUCAAGCUCAGCUGCCGACAAUCUUAACUGCCAGAUCGACAGCAACUCUGUGCUGGACACCUACUCAGGGGCGACCGCUGCGCGCCAAACCGACGGUGCACGGCAAUCGAGCUCUCAGGAAGGCAAAGCCCAAAUCUGCUUCGACUUUACCAAGGGCGUCUGCUCCCGGGGUGAAAAGUGCAAGUACUCGCACGACCUUGCAACCAUCGUCCAUUUCAACAGCAAGGAGAAGGGAAUUUGCUUCGAUUACCUGCGCAACCAGUGCCACCGGGGCUUGCUAUGCCGCUUCAGCCACGACCUGUCAAACAUUGCUCAACAGUGCCAGGUCUACAACAAUGGCACCAAGGAGAACAAGGGCACGAAGCCAAACGCCAUUUGCUACGACUUCGUCAAGGGGGUGUGCCAGCGAGGUGCUGAGUGCCGCUACAGCCAUGACCUCAGCCUAAUCGCGCGGAUGGCCCGUGGCGGCAGUGCGCAGCCCAAGGCCGGCGAAGUCUGCUACGAUUACCUAAGGGGCCGCUGCAACCGUGGAGCAACAUGCAAGUACUCUCACAACAUAGCCUUCUUGGCGGCCCCCGGCUUUUUGGGAAACACGAUGUCCUCGGACGGUGCUCCCAUCGCCGCACAGGCCCCUGGGGCUGGCUUGGCUGGUUCAACAGCGCCGCUGGCUGGCAUUCCCAUGGCCAACGGUCCGGGUUUUGUAGGCAUGGGUGGAUUGCCUGGCAUGGCGCCACGCCUAUCCCAAUCCCUGAGCGCGGACCAUGCAGCCUUUAACCAUGUCCUUGCUGCGGCGGGACCAGGCGCCGUCAAUCAAAUGCUUGCGGCGCAGGCUGCCAUGCAGCAAAACGGUUUUGCCGCGGCUGCCGCUGCGGAGGCCGCUGCCGCCGCCGUUGGAGGGCGGCGACGGUCCGCGAGCAUGACGGGCGACAACGCAAACGAUACGCUUUUGGUCAACGAUCAGCCUUCGGGGCCAUGGCCAGGCAUGCCGGGGGCGCCGAAGGCAAUGUCCGUUGCGCAGCAAGCAGCUAUGAUGACGAACUUGGCCGCCCAGCAACGCAUGGCAGCUGCGGCCGCCAACAUGCAAGCUUUCGGACAUAUGGCCCAGUUGCCAGGCCUUGGAGCACAUGGACCGGCAAGCAGUGGCGGAGGGCCAUCCGGCAACGAAACCAUGAUUGGUCAAGGUGCUCCGGGAGUGGCGCCAGGCAUUUACGGCAAGCCCAUGGGCAUGAACCAGUUUUGCAGCGGCCCAGAUGCAGGCAUGAGGCGGCCUCCGCUGCCUCCUGGCCAGGUGCCGCCUGAGUUUGCGGCUCUGCUUUCCGGCAACGUAGAAAACCAAAGCAUCUUCGCCGAGACUUUGGCUGCUGCUGCAAAGGCCCAGGCUCAGAACCAGAGCGCCCGUAUGAUGGCGGCCGCCGCAGCCGUGAACGGCUCCAACGGUCAAUCUGGGAACAACAUGCUCCCUAGCUUGGGCAGCAGCGGGUCUGUACCACCGGUGACUAGCGCCGGAGCCGCCGUGCCGCAGCCCAUCCCUGGACGCGAUGGCGUUAACUACGAGGUUAAUCCCAACGGGCCCUACGCCGCGACGGGAACGGCUUUUCCAGUUGCAGGCACAUCGCAGUCCGGCGGCGGGGCAGCUGUAGAAAACGCGCAUCUUUCCAGGAGCGCUCCUACAAACGGUCCUGUUGGGCCCCACAACCAGGUCAACGUCAGUCCCGACCUGCUUCCGAUGAUUAAGGAGAUCUGGAGCAAGCCCGGCGCUGCUUGAUGUUCGUAGUGGUAGCAGCAGGGGUUAUAAUAUCCGUGUGCUGCUUGUCGCUACUAAGUUCCAUAUAGACUUUGCAAGAGACGAGUAUCUCGACUUAUGCAUUCAUGAGCGGGUGCACGCAGCAGGGAAUUGUGGAUGUAUGGGAGCUUGGUUAACUUUCGCCGUUCCAAGUUGCCGGCAGGUCGUUGGACUUGUUUAGGUCCUGCUGCAUGCGGGUGUGUCACCGUAGGUAGUGUUGGAACAUGAAUGCAGGGACACAUGCUGACCGUUUUUGUCUUAACUUUGCUAGAAACAUUUGACCGUUGCCGAUGUCAUGUGUAUAGAGGACACGCCUCAUGUACGCCGUAAUCCAUUGCGGCGUCGCCUGUUGCAUGGUGGAAAUGCCGCAGAGAGAUUGUUCAUUUAGCAACGUGACGUAGUGGCCCGUUUUAUGGACGCAUUGAUCUUCUGCUUUGUACUUAGGGACUGGGGCUGGUCACACCUCGAGUCCCUUCCCGUUGGUGGUGGAGGAUUGCCAAUGAUGUUCCCCGUUACAUACGUGUUGCGACUAUUGGUAUCAUGGCAUGCGAUGCUCGUAUCUUUUCUUCCUUACGAGAGUGUGUGUCUGGCCUUCUUUGCACUGAGGCAAGACUGAAUUUUGCCCAGUAUCGUACAAUCAUAGAAGUCGUGAUCACUAGUGCCGUACGGGCGCACUCGGGCGCAGGUGGUUACCAGUCUCGCAUGUCUACCUAUGCGCAUUUGCGUGAGGUCGCGUAUUUUGACUUUUUUUUGUAUCUGCGCCAGCUUGCGCAUUGUGCAUUACCAAAAGCGCUACGGGUAGCGGUGAGCCGUUGCAUUCCGGCGGGAUGUCGAAUUAGCGCGUGGCAGGUAUGCUGAGGGUAAUGGGUUAACCGUAUGGCCUAUAUGGGUGAGUGUAAUGGCAAUAGCAGCUCUGACGGCGACGGCUGCUCAUCAACGUCUUUCUCUUGUCGUCUGCCAAACUGUUGACAUGUAAGAUGUAACGCACGUCUUGUUGUAACAACUGC